UUAAGUUUCCGGUUCCGGAUCAGCAAAUUUUUAUAUUUGGGUUCUCUGACGCUUUUUGUGGUUUUCAACAGUAUUUCGGAAGUGCUGCGAUCAACCAAUUCAUACAAUCCACGACUGACAGCAUAUAAAGGCAAAUACUAAUUGGAGAAGUUGAAUUCUAACCAAUCAAGAAUCAAAAUGUCUGGCCAUCCACAUGAUCACCAGGGUCUGAGAGACCGUGAGAAUUCCCCAUCGAGGCAGCAUUAUGUUACACCUUCCUUCACAGCGCAGCAGUACAAAAAAGUUGGCCUUCCAACAUACAAGCCAGUUAUUUACCCAAACCCUGCAGAUCUUGAAGAUGAUCUCCCCCCUCCCCCACCUGCUGAACCAGAGGCUUCUAACCAGUCUUAUGCUUACCAGCCAUCAUCCUCCAGUAUCCCCAGUGCUAGUUCAUACUCUAACGCCACAUAUGCCAGUGUUCAAUACAAUCCAACAAGUAGCCCUUCAACAGGCUUCCAAAUGAGUUACCAACCAGAGCCCGCUACUGCCAAGCUAUACUCUUCUCCAAAUAAGGCACAGUUUGCCACGACAUCUAGUCGCCCUGCUGUUCCGCCCGUCAGUACAGGAGCAAGUGGGACUUCUGGGAGAAAUUACGAGAAUGUAGAUGACAGGAAUUUUUCGUUGCCCAAUAGGAGUUAUUAUACACCACCAGCUGGUGUCUCAGAUGAUCAAUCUUACAGAUCUCCCCAGCAACCUGAUUAUCAGUACAGGGGACCUGGGCCCAGAAGUCCACCUGGAAUCAACAUUGUGCCCCCGACCCCUCCUGCCACCCAGCAACAACAGUUCAUGCCAAGCCCACCACCUGCUGCUCCAAAGACUGAUCUGGAUAAAGAAGCAGAAGUGGAUGCAUUGACUAACUUACUCCUCAAGAAUAUGGAAUGUGCAAGUGACCCUGAUUUCUAUGGUAUGUGUGCCAAAUGUCACACAGCAAUUAUGGGUGACACAAAUGGAUGUAAGGCACUGGGACAAGUCUACCAUGUCAAGUGCUUCACAUGUUUAACAUGCAGUAGCCAGCUACAAGGCCAAGCCUUCUUUGCAAUGGAAGGGAAACCAUACUGUGAGACAUGUUACAUGGAUACGUUAGAAAAAUGCUCGUUGUGCAAGAAAGCAAUUACAGACAGGAUACUACGCGCUACUGGCAAACCAUAUCACGCACAUUGCUUUGUUUGUGUAGUGUGCGGGAAAAGUUUGGAUGGAAUUCCAUUUACUGUGGAUGCUAGCAACAAUAUCCAUUGUAUUGAUGACUUCCAUGCGAAGUUUGCCCCAAAGUGUUGCGUGUGCAGUUUGCCUAUAGUUCCUGAACCAGGCCAAGAGGAAACAGUUCGUAUUGUUGCUAUGGACAAAAGCUUCCACACAGGCUGCUAUAAAUGUGAGGACUGUGGUAUGAUAUUAUCUUCUGAGUCUGAUGGUAAAGGCUGCUAUCCCCUGGAUGACCAUAUCCUCUGCAAGAACUGCAAUGCCAGGAGAAUCCAGACCAUGACAACCAAGAAAACAACAGAUCUUUAAAUGAAGUGGAUGACCAUUGACCACCAAGACUUCUAAUUAAAAACAACGAAGGCGCAUGAUCAUAACCACCAAUAUAUUUCCACACAAUGAAAGUGUAUGAUCAUGGUCACCAAUAUAUUUCAAUACAAUGA